GCGAUGGCAUGAAAUUGAUUUUACUGCGGUCACGCAUCUGGAAAGUAAUAUCUCAGGAAACUGAGAAGGCAACACCAACUGAUAACUCUAAUCCAACAACAAAGGCUUUGGUUGAAAAGAGAAAUAUUGAUAUGGUAGUCUGUGUGGAUGAUCAUGUUGACUUGUCAGGGGAUGAUACUUUAUCAUCAUCAUCAUCAUCAUCAACAGAUGAUAAGGGCCUUACAGAAGCUGGAAAGGUUGCCAAAGUUGUUCAUCUUAUGAAGAACGUGCACUUGUUGUUUGGAAGUGGAAAGCUGAAUAAAUCUGCCAAGAAGCUCAUUGACCUUAUUUAUUUGAUUAAGGAUCAUGAGGAUCCAGAAGCAGUGUGCAGCCGGCGACAGGGUAAGAGUAUGCCUUUGCUGUGUCUUGAUAAAACAUCAGCCUACCUGAUAUGCCAAGGUACGCUAAUCUUUACUGUGGCAUUGAAGAGUCUCAUGAGAGCAGUCCUUGCAUUAAUUGGACUGUUUUAUGUUAUUGAUGUGGAUUAUCCAAAAUCCCAUGAGCUAGGUCUCACGAUGCUCCACAAUUUAUUUAUAAACUUGGUCGCAAGCGACAGGCAACCCCACAGAGUACUUACUCCAAUUAUGGUAUGUUUUAAUUUGUUAUUUAAAGACAUGAACACCCCUGCAGACCUAUAUAACUCAUUUGAGUCUGCAAACAGGACUAUCUAG